AUGGAUCUUCGCGAUGUGUGGCAAGCUCCCCCGAGCAGGUCGGUAGCACUGCCGAGCCAGCAAUCGCCGGGUGUCCGUUCAAGCAAUCCAUAUCGUCGCUACCCGCCUGUCAAUACCCAGAGAUACGCAUGCAUAUACUGUCGACAAUCUCAUAUGGCCUGCGAUCUUGAGAGACCAUGCACCCGGUGCAUCAAGCGCAACAUCGGACAUCUUUGCCACGACGAGCCUCUCGAUGACGACUCAAAGAAGAGCAAGAGUGUGCAUACUACCCAGACUGCGCAAACCAACAGUUCGAGUCUACUAGACUCUAAUCUGAGAAGCUGUCAUUACACAAUAUCGCGAGAUCACACGGAAGGGGUAGAGGAUCAAAAAUGCAAGGUAUUGGCCGACUUUGGGAGAAAACAUAUUAGGACUUGGACCAACGUAUCACUUGCAAAUACAAACAGUCUAACUGCCAAUCGUGAUACUUCUGCCGAGAGCCGGGAGUCUGUUAAUGGCCCAGAGACCGAUGCAGGUCAAGAUGGAUUGCCAAACCUUAUUGACACUUAUCAGUUGAGACGUGUGGCUCGGAGUUUUAACUCGCAGAGAGAAGUGAGCAAAAUUAAUUUCGACGGCUUUACAACAGGAUAG